CUAACAGCGCACUCUUUGGCUCUUUAUUGGUGUUAUUACACAUUGUGAUAGAUUCCACGUGCGAAUCGUGUGACGUGCAAUACUACUGCUUUUUGAGAUCAAUAAGAAAUAAAACUUCCUCACAAUUUUACAACAUUUUGAAUAUUAUUAAUAUUUUAUCAAAAACUAAUUGACCGUAUAAAAUGGUAUUGAAAUUGUUGAUGUUUAAAAGAGGUGUUACAACUUGGUCUCCCUUUGCUACUGCAUUUAAUGCUCGGUCGUCGUUGAAAUUUGAUUUGAGCUUCGGUAGGAAGGAAACUGGUUUGUUUGAGAUACCAGAACUUAACAAUGCAAAUGGCUUUAAAGAGCUUGAAGAUAAAGCUAUUGCAAAGGCAGAUCAGUUGGUUGAAGAAGCCACCAAUAACAAUGGAAAACGCUCAAGAAAAAUGGCUCAAAUAUUUGACGAGCUGUCAGAUACUUUGUGUCAAGUUGCCGACAUGGCUGAAUUUGUGAGAAUUGGUCACCCAGAUCAAAAAUUUUCCCAAGCAGCUGAAAAUGCCUGUAUUGCAAUGAGUAAUAUCGUUGAAAAGUUAAAUACUAAUCGUAAAUUGUACGAUGCUCUAUCGAAUGUCACAAAGCAUGGAGAUAUUAUAAAGACUAGUGAAAUUGAUGAUCAUGUUUCCAAUUUGUUUCUUUUUGAUUUUGAACAAUGUGGUAUUCAUCUUCCAGAACAGGAAAGGAGAAAAGUUGUAGAAUUGAAUGAACAUAUUCUAUACUAUGGACAGCGAUUUACAGCUGGUGCUGCUGAACCAAGACGUAUCAAUAUUGAUUUAUUACCUCAAGAUCUUGCUGGAAAAUUUGGCAGGGAUGGCAAACAUGUUAUAGUAAGUGGUAUAAAUACAGAAUCACCAGAUGCUAGAGUUCGCGAAGCUGCAUACAAAAUAUUUCUUUAUCCUGAUGAAAAACAAGAAAAAUUAUUGCAUGAAAUGCUUAACUCCAGGCAUUAUUUAGCCCAAAUAUGUGGUUUUCCUACAUAUGCUCAUAGAGCUGUAAGGGGGAGUACUAUGCAAACAACUGAAGCAGUUUAUGACUUUCUUAAUUUAAUGAAUGCUGAAUUGCAAGAGAGAGCUCAGAAUGAUCUAGUGGAAUUACAGAAAAUCAAAAAUAAAGACCUACAAGUUCCUCAACCUAUAGGACCCUGGGAUACAGCUUAUCUCAGUGGUUUAGCUCGUAAAUCUUGGCUUGGAACCAGUAAUGAAGAACUGGCCCCAUAUUUCUCUUUGGGUGCAUGCAUGGAAGGUCUAAAUUUAUUAACUCAAGCGCUCUUUGGAGUGAAACUCGAGUACAAACAAUGUGCUUCUGGUGAAGUCUGGGCACCCGAUGUACACAAACUUGCUGUCAUUGAUGAAAAUGAAGGUCUUCUGGGCCAUAUUUAUUGCGACUUUUUCGACCGUAAAAACAAAUCCGGUCAGGAUUGUCAUUUCACAAUUAGAGGUGGUCGGGAACUACCCGACGGUACCUAUCAAUUACCGAUAGUCGUAGUAAUGUUGACCCUGCCGUCGCCGAAAUUAUCAAUGCCAAGUUUGCUAAAUCCAUCAUUGGCUGAAAAUUUAUUUCAUGAAAUGGGUCAUGCUCUACAUUCGAUGCUUGGUCGUACGAAAUAUCAACACGUUACGGGUACUCGUUGCAGUACGGAUUUUGCUGAAGUUCCAAGUAUACUGAUGGAAUAUUUUUGCAGCGACCCUCGGAUUGUAUCUAUGUACGCUAAACAUUACGAAACCGGCGAGUCUAUGCCGGAAGACAUGUUACAUAAGAUUUGUGCUGCUAAAAAUCUUUUCCCAUCAUCAGAGAUGCAAAGUCAAGUCUUUUAUAGUAUGCUCGAUCAAGUCUACCAUAGUGGCGAAAUUAAAGAUACAACAACAACGGAAAUAAUAGAAAAAAUUCAAAACCAGUAUUAUUGUUUGCCAUAUGUUCCUAAAACAGCUUGGCAGUUACGUUUCUCGCAUCUAGUAGGCUACGGAGCUAAGUACUAUUCAUAUUUAUCUUCACGGGCAAUCGCAUCAUGGAUUUGGCAAACACACUUUGAGCGAGACCCUUUAAGUCGUUCAGCCGGUGAAAAAUACCGACGCGAAUGUCUGGCGCACGGAGGUGGCAAACCACCCUCGAAACUCGUUGCAGAUUACCUUAAUCAAGAAGCUAGUCCGAUUAAUUUUACAAAGUCCGUUAUCAGUGAUAUUGACAAGAGAGCCGAUAAAAUAAACAGUAUUAAAAAUAGAAUUUAUAGAUAAUAUGUUUAUACAGUUCUACCCUAAAAAAUUGUACGAAUGUUAUGCCGAAAAAUUGUUAUGUUGAAAUUGUCAUUGUUGGCAAAAACAUUUCUAAAAAUUUUACUUUGUGACUUGAAUUGUGUAUAAAUAACAAUAUUUGGGAACACCAAUAAUUUUUAGAA